CCCAGAUCUCCUACUCUCUGCUGCUGACCGCUCUGAUGUUGUACAGUCCCUGUAAUCUCCACGGGAUUUGAUCAAGGAGAUGCGCUCAGAGAAGCUGUGGAGAGCCCGUCCCUGGAAGAGUUCAAGGCCGGGUUGGACGGGGCUCUGAGCAACCUGAUGUAGCGAAAGGUGUCCCUGCUCAUGGCAGAGGGCUGGGUCCAGAUGCUUCUUUAAGGUCCCUUCCUGUCCCUUCUGUGGUUCUGUGUUGUUGCAUCUCCUGGCUGUGGGAGAUGUGUAUUCACCCACAGCAGUGACAACUUUCAUGGCCCCAGCCCCGGCCGUGCUGUGGCAGCUGCACCGCGCCGCCGCUGCCAGACUCGCGCUGGGGCUCCAUGAGCUCUGCCACCGCUCCGGUGAUCGAGGUCCCGCUACGGGAACACUCUGGGCAAACGUUCCACUGGAAGUGGUCGGCAGCAAAACCAGCACAUUCCAGCACUGGGUUCCAGAAUCGAGCUGGCCAUUGGCAUAGGCCAUCCCAGACCGAUCUGUUUCCUUAAUUCCACAGCAGACACUCAUUUGAAAGGUGUUACAUUUGGCACACUGGACAAGACAUCUGAUAACUGAAUAAUUAUGUUCAGGAGCAAAGCAUCGAGUCUGUCGAAACUGAUUCCCUUGAUGUUUGGCCAGUCAAAUUUGGCUUACAAAUUUAUUCAUCCAGUUACUGCUUCUUGUGGACAUCGCUGUCACAGAAGUGUGAUUUACAAAGAGAGGUACUGGAUGCACCAACUUAGUGCUGGAAGACAAACAAUAAGCACUGGGACCAAGGUCAUGGCAGAAGGAGAGUUGCCAGCUGUUUUGAUCCUGGAUAUAGGAGGAACUCAUGGCGUGCUAGAAGACCUUGCAGCACUUUUGAAGAAACACUUUCACCUUAUCACCAUGAAGGAAUUUCUUGGAAACAAAGAAGAAAUGAGAAAAAAAAUCCAAUCUGUUUUUGUGUUUGAGUGCAGGCCAACUAUUGACCGUGAGCUUCUAGAAAGCCUGCCUAAUUUAAAGGUGAUUGCAAACUCUGGGGUUGGAGUGGAUCACUUAGACUUGAAAAUGAUCUCGAGCUUUGGUGUAAAAGUGACCAACACCCCGCACGCCGUGGCAGACCCAACAGCAGACAUAGGAAUGGCCUUGAUGCUGGCCUCUGCCAGAAGACUAGUGGAAGGCUGCCACAUUGCCCUGUCUCCGGACACAAAGUGUUUUGCUGUUGACUGGCUGGGAGUGGAAGUAACCAGAGCGACACUUGGGAUCAUUGGGAUGGGCAGCAUUGGAUACAAAGUGGCUCAGAGAGCCAGAGCCUUCAACAUGAGGAUCCUGUACCAUAACAGAAACCAGAGAAGAAAGGAGGAGGAAGAGGCUGUUGGUGCCCACUACUGUGCAAAGAUGGAAGACUUGCUGCAGCAAUCUGACUUUGUUAUGUUGGUUGUGAACCUGACUCCUGAGACUCACAAACUGAUUGGGAAGAAGGAGCUGAGGCUGAUGAAACCCACAGCUACUCUUAUAAACAUCAGCCGAGGUGCAGUUAUUGAUCAAGAUGCAUUGGUAGAAGCUCUCCAGAAUAAGGUUAUUAGGGCUGCAGCUCUGGACGUGACAUACCCUGAGCCUCUGCCAAGAGAUCAUCCUUUAUUAAACCUGAAUAAUGUCAUCAUAACCCCGCACAUUGGAACCGCGACAGUCCAGGCCAUCCGUAUGAUGGCAGAAGAAGCAAUAGCAAACAUGCUGGCUGUUCUCAAUGACCAACCCAUUCCAAGUGAAGUGUUUCCCAAAUGAUGAGUGCCAGAUGAUGCCACUAAAUCUCCUGUGUACGGGAAGGCACUAUUUCUUACUACUUUUAAGCUGAAUAAAAAAACAACCUGCUCCUGCACUGUUCAUCAUGAUACUGCAAAACUGUCAGACUUGAUCUGUUCUGUUACUUACAAUUUGUGAAAAACGCCAAUCACUUGUUUUAAAAUUUUAAAAGUUUAGUAGUAAUAAAAUGGUUAUAAAAUUUGUAAUACAGAUUAGAACAAUAAGAAUUUGGACAAUCAGAGUUAGGACAAUAAAGGACAAUAAAAGCAAAGAAUUACGAAUGUUUGGAUGCUUCCCUCUUGAAAGCAUGGCUCGCUAACAAAGGAUUAACCCUUAAAAGCAAUAGCCUGUUGCAUAUUCAAAUAUCUCAUACAUUAUUCAAAAAUUGUUUUCAAACAAAGGGUGUUUUCUGGUUAUUGUCAGCUUCUCCUGCUUAAUCCUGUUAGCACCUCAAAGACAAGAAGGAGAUGGAAGAAAGUUUGUCUUUUCCGAUAAGGGGGCAGUAAUUCUUCUCUUGGAGAUUUAGGUGUCUUGUUGCUGUUAUCUCUGUGUGAAUAAUUUCUCGAGCUAGUUAGAAAAAGUAUCUUACAUUGCAUAGUUUUUAUUUUAAUAUUAUGUUAUAGCCUAAAGCUAUAUUUAACACACUACUGAAAAUGGUUAAUACAGUAUAACUUUCUAACAUAACACAUAUAAUAAUCAUUUAAAUAUUAGCGAAAAGGCAAUCAUA